AUGCCUCUCCAUUGGAUUAAACUUGCUAAUAUAUACGAGAUCGACCCUGAGAAACUUGCUGAUGAAUAUGGGCAGACUAUAGAGAAAAUUUGGUACUUGUUUACAUUAAGGGAUCGAAAAUGCCAAAACGAGAAAAUAAGUCUAUCUACAAUUGAUGGGUAUUGGCAAGUAGUAGGAGAAGAUGAAACCGUCAAAGAAAAUGGUGAAAUUGUUGGAUUUCGAAAGACGUUUCAAUUCUACAAGGGACACCCUGAAAGCAGUACAUUAACAUCUUGGAUUAUGCAUGAAUUUAGAGCUAUUGAUCCUCUGCCCCUGAAAUACAGUCACGUUGAAGGACAAACCAAGUUGGAGAAGGAUUGGGUUUUGUGCAAAAUAUGCAACACCGAGAUUGAUUCAGAAUCAGGCGAAUGA